UUGCCGAGUGGGGGUCGCGCUGCUUCGGCGCCGCGGCGGCCGCUUCCGGAGAUUGCCGAGGGGCUUCGGCCCCUCCCCGGCCGCCGCCGAGACCGUGACCGAGCCGCUCCGGUGGGUUGGAGCCCGCCGCGCCCGGAGCUCUGGUAGCGGGGCCGGCGCUCGCUCGCCGCCGCCUCCUCCUCCUCCUCCUCCUCCUCCUCCUCCUCCUCUGCCGCCGCCGCCGCCGCCGGCGGGGCCGCGCGUCGUGGUGACAGAGCGGGGCGAUCGCGGCGGGGCGGCGGGGGGGCGGCCGGGGCUCCGGCGGCGCGGAUGGCGGAGGGCGGCCAGCCCCCGCAGCAGCAGCAGCAGCAGCAGCAGCCGCAGCUCCUGGCCGGCGGCGGCGGCGGCGGGGCCGCCCGCGGCGUGAAGCGGGAGCCGGAGCUGGAGCAGCCCAUGCCCGGCGGGGACGGCGCCGAGGGCGGCCACAGCAAGCGGCUGCGGACGGAGGCGGAGGCCGACGGCGGCGGCAUGCAGAGCGAGCCUCUGACUUCAGGUUAUCAUGGAUACCCAGCAAGAGACAAUCAAGGUAACCAGGAGCCAGCAGCCACUCCUGAUGCAAUGGUGCAGCCAUUCACCACAAUCCCGUUUCCGCCACCCCCACAGAAUGGGAUCCCCACAGAGUAUGGGGUGCCACACACUCAGGACUAUGCAGGCCAGACCAGCGAGCACAAUCUGACGCUCUACGGAAGUACGCAGCCUCAUGGAGAGCAGAGCACAAACACGGCCAGCACGCAGAAUGGAUCCCUUGCACAGACAGAAGGAGGGGCACAGACAGAUGGACAGCAGUCACAGACACAGAGCAAUGAGAAUACCGAGAGCAAAUCCACUCCAAAACGGCUUCAUGUGUCUAACAUUCCCUUCCGCUUUCGGGAUCCUGACCUUCGACAGAUGUUUGGGCAAUUCGGCAAAAUCCUUGAUGUAGAGAUCAUCUUUAAUGAGCGUGGCUCCAAGGGAUUCGGGUUCGUAACUUUCGAGAAUAGUGCUGAUGCAGACAGGGCCAGGGAGAAAUUACACGGCACCGUGGUAGAGGGCCGUAAAAUCGAGGUUAACAAUGCCACAGCACGAGUGAUGACCAAUAAGAAGAUGGUCACACCAUAUGCAAAUGGUUGGAAGUUGAGUCCUGUGGUUGGAGCGGUGUACGGCCCUGAGUUAUAUGCAGCGUCCAGCUUUCAAGCAGAUGUCUCGCUGGGCAAUGACGCCGCAGUGCCCCUGUCAGGAAGGGGGGGUAUUAACACUUACAUUCCUUUAAUCAUUCCAGGCUUCCCCUAUCCAACUGCAGCCACCACAGCAGCCGCGUUUCGAGGAGCCCAUCUGCGGGGCCGAGGAAGGACAGUUUAUGGGGCAGUCCGGGCAGUACCUCCUACAGCCAUCCCUGCCUACCCAGGAAUAGUCUUACAGGAACCAAUCAUUAGCGCUAAAAUACCUCAGGGUGGAUAUGCAGCCUACAGAUAUGCACAGCCUGCUACUGCAACAGCAGCCACGGCCGCUGCAGCCGCUGCAGCAGCUUACAGCGAUGGUUAUGGCAGGGUGUACACAGCAGAUCCUUACCAUGCCCUUGCCCCUGCCGCUAGCUACGGAGUUGGCGCUGUGGCGAGUUUAUACCGAGGUGGCUACAGCCGAUUUGCCCCCUACUGAAGUGACGUGAGCCCCCUGCAAGUGGGACAGCCCCCCCAGUUCAUGAGGCCUGGCUAUUGCAAUAUUUACUAGUAGAGGAACUCUAUAGCAAGACGAGGAGGAAAAACAAAAAACAAAAGAGAAAAUACUUUUUUAUACCUCACUAUGUUCUUUGAAUAUGUAUUUUUUUCCUUUAAAUUUCUGCCUUUAAUUCUUUUGUUCCAAA